AUGGCGUACGGCGGUGCAGGUCCAGUCGGUGGCGGUGGUUCUAAUUCAACACCGGCGAUUAAGCAAGUUAAAUUGGAAAAAGAAUGUGAACUGAGAAUUGAAGUCGGUAAUGACGCACCUCUUCGCCUUCGACUCCUUAACGGCACUGCUGAGGUUUUCGGUACCGAGCUUCCCCCUGAAAUCUGGCUCAAUUUUCCUCCAAAGCUCAAAUUUGCUGUCUUUACUUGGUAUGGUGCGACCAUUGAAAUGGAUGGUGCUACCGAAACUGAUUAUACUGCGGAUGAGACACCAAUGGUUAGCUAUGUAAAUGUGCAUGCUAUAUUAGAAGGAAGAAGAGGUCGUGCCAAAAACUCGCCUUCAGACGACCCUGUUUUGUCUCAGGGCCCUAGGGUGAUUGUUGUAGGGCCUACAGAUUCUGGAAAGAGUACCUUGUCAAGGAUGCUUCUCAGUUGGGCAGCUAAACAAGGUUGGAAGCCCACCUUUGUUGACUUGGAUAUUGGCCAAGGAUCUAUUACAAUUCCUGGAUGCAUUGCUGCCACUCCAAUUGAAAUGCCCAUUGAUCCCGUCGAGGGAAUUCCACUUGAAAUGCCUCUUGUUUACUUUUAUGGACACACAUCGCCGAGUAACAAUGUAGAAUUGUAUAAAGUGCUUGUCAAGGAGCUUGCAGCGAUACUGGAAAGACAAUUUACUGGAAAUAGUGAAUCUCGAGCUGCAGGAAUGGUGAUAAAUACCAUGGGAUGGAUAGAGGGAGUAGGCUAUGAUUUGCUAUUACACGCAGUCCGUACAUUCCAGGCCAAUGUUGUCUUGGUUUUGGGUCAGGAAAAACUGUGCAGCAUGCUCAGAGAUGUGCUUAAGGGUGAGCCUAAAGUAGAUGUUGUGAAGCUUCAGAGGUCAGGUGGAGUUGUAUCUAGGAAUGCGAAGUUCCGUCAAAAAACCAGAAGUUCUAGGACAAGGGAAUACUUUUAUGGCCUUGCAAAUGAUCUUUCUCCUCAUUCUAAUGUUUCAAAUUUUAGUGACUUGUUUGUUUAUCGAGUUGGUGGCGGGCCACAAGCCCCACGAUCUGCCUUGCCAAUUGGAGCAGAACCUGCUACAGAUCCAACAAGAGCUGUAGCUGUGAAUGUAAAUCGUGAUUUGCUCCAUACAAUCCUCGCUGUCUCAUUUGCCAAGGAACCUGAUGAGAUCAUUUCAAGCAAUGUUGCUGGCUUUAUCUAUGUAACAGACGUUGACGUUCAGAGAAAGAAGAUAACAUACCUUGCCCCAUCUGCUGGAGAACUUCCAAGCAAGUAUUUAAUUCUGGGAUCCUUAACAUGGCUUGAAUCAUGA